CACAACAAUUAUUAAACUAGUUCGACACAUGUCCACUUUUUUUAUUUUUGUUACUUUUCCAAUAGAAAAAUUCAUUACUUUUGUUACUUUUGUUAUAGCAAUGAAGUAUUACGUGAAUAACUUGAAUAAUGCGAUAAAAGGGAAUAUUAAUUAAAUUAAUUAUUAUCAUCUAUCACUAAAUAACACAAGUUUUCACAGCCUUCAACAUUUUCACUGUGGGAUAUAUGAGAUGUUUCUCGUGAUCUUCAGCUCUGGAUUCUGGGUUUAGUUGCUAAAGGUUCCUUUUUUGGCUUCUGAGUGUGCAAUUCUUUCCAGGUUUGGAGCAGAUAAGUAGCUUUGUUCCUUGUUCAAGAGCCUUGAAGGUUUUUGUUGAUGUUUUUCUGCACUGUUUGAAAGUUUACCUUUUGUUUUGUAUCUGGUUAUUGUUUUGGAACUGUGUCAUAUUUGUCUCUCUGAAUUGAUAUUUGAGAGAGGGAUUCCUGUUAGGAUUGAUGGGUAUUUUUGCUUGAAGAUCUAGAGAGGUAUUGAAAAAGCAAUAGGAUGAUUGAACAGAAAUGGGUUUGCAUGAGUUUAAUCUGUUGAUUAGGUGAAAGGCACUUAAAAGAGAGUGGGUUUGAAUUAGGAUUUGAGGUGUUAUGGGUUCAUUGGUUUGAUGUGAAUUAUUGUUUGUGAGGAGCAAUGGAAGGAAAUUUGUCACAGGGAGGUAUAAUUCAAGGUGGGAGUUCUUUUGGUGGCUUUGAUUUGCCAGGAUCAAUUCGGGUUCAACAUCAAGCACAGCAUCCGCAUACCAUGCACCAACAUCAAACUCAUCCGCGUCAAGGGUCUUCUGCUGUCCAUUCUGCGGUUCAUGAUGGUUUUCCACUUACUGUGGGAACCUUACAGAACUGUGAUCAAACCAUUUCAAUGACAGAUUUUAGUAAAGGAGACAGAAGCAAAAACUCAGCAAGUGAGGAAGAUGAACCGAGCUUUACUGAGGACGGUGUUGAUGGUCACCAUGAAGUGAGUAGAGGGAAAAAAGGAUCACCUUGGCAGAGAGUGAAGUGGACUGAUAAGAUGGUAAAGCUUCUGAUAACUGCUGUUUCUUAUAUAGGCGAGGAUGUGACUGCUGAUGGUGGUGGCAGUGGAAGAAGGAAGUUUGCGGUCCUACAGAAGAAGGGUAAGUGGAAAUCUGUUUCUAAGGUCAUGGCUGAAAGAGGUUAUCAUGUCUCACCACAGCAAUGCGAGGAUAAAUUCAAUGAUCUUAACAAAAGGUAUAAAAAACUUAAUGAUAUGAUAGGGAGGGGCACUUCUUGUCAGGUUGUUGAAAAUCCUACACUGUUGGAUGUAAUAGAUUAUCUUUCUGAGAAAGAAAAGGAUGAUGUUCGAAAAAUAUUAAGCUCAAAACACUUGUUCUAUGAAGAGAUGUGUUCUUAUCAUAAUGGUAAUAGAUUGCAUUUACCCCCUGAUCCUGCAUUGCAACGUUCUUUGCAGUUAGCUCUCCGAAAUAGAGAUGAUCAUGAUAAUGAUGAUAUUAGAAGGUCCCAUCAUGAUGAUCAUGAGGAAGAUGAUCAAGAUGUGGAAAUUGACGAUCAUGACGACUUUGAAGAGAAUUGUACUUCCCAUGGGGAUAGUAGAGGAAUAUAUGGGCCAUUGGGUGGAUCUAUGAAGAAAUUGAAACGAGGCCAAGGCCAAGAAGAUGCUAAUAAUUUUGGUAAUUCUUUAAAUUGUCAGGACUACAGCAAAAGUUCAUAUCCCCAUGGACAGAUGGUCCAGUCUGAUGUGAGUCAAGUAUUACCCGAGAACUCAAGAGCCGCUUGGUUACAGAAGCAAUGGAUUGAAUCACGCUCGCUUCAGUUAGAAGAACAAAAGUUACAAAUUCAGGUUGAAAUGCUGGAACUAGAGAAACAGAGGUUCAAGUGGCAGAGGUUUAGUAAGAAAAAGGACCGGGAGUUGGAGAAGCUGAGUCUAGAAAAUGAAAGAAUGAAGCUUGAAAAUGAGCGUAUUGCUUUAGAACUGAAGCGAAAGGAAAUGGGCACUGGCUUUAACUAGUCUAUUAUUUGCGGACAGAAAGUAGAGAGAUUUUACAAUGAAGUUAUACUUUAGUGCACAAUUGGAGAUGAUAAAACAUUGUUUCCUGAAACUGCUCGUAUUUGGAUUUAUGUAAUUCCGUGUGUGCGCACACGCGCAAGUGAUAAAGCAUUAUUUAUUCUGUUGGUGUAUGUGACUUAAAAUUCAUUUAAUACAUCGUAAAAGGUCUAUUGAUGCUUUGUGUCUCUUGGGGUAAAUGCCUUGUGUAUUGUGAAAUUAAGUUCAAAUUCACAUGGGGAGGAAAAAUGUGGGAUUUGGAACUUAAAGCUUACUUAUGGAGCUGAUAAUUGUUCUCUUUUUU